AUGUCGACCCCAGGAAGCAUAAAGACCUACACCUCUGCACCUCUGAAUCCCAACAAGACGGAAGAGGAAACACAGGCUACCAAAGUGCAACCGCAACCGCAACCCGCCACCGCAAUCGAGGCCGAGACAACCACCGCUACACAACCUCAAACCACAUCGGCCACUGCGACUGCGCCCUCAUACUCUCCCAUAUACUCAGCUGUGCAGCCAGAGGCCUUACCAGCGCAAGCAGGUGCUGCACCGAGCUUGCCUGCCCCAACAGCAGCAGUAGGAGGAUCACAGGCGAAUCUCAUGCCAACGCCAACAUCUACCCUGCCAACUACAUCAUCUACGCAAUCCCCACCUCCUCCACAACCAGGCGCUGUACCGCAAGUACAAACUACAGCCGCACAAUCUAUAGUCCCGCCACCUCCAAAGGCAGGACAAGCCGUGACAAUUUCUCCGUCCCUCCCAUCUACAGCACAAACUACCACCGCACCCCAGCCCUCGACCCAAUUCACCUCGUCUUACGCUUACCACCGCUCUCCACAUACAACCUCUGAUAUUCCAAACUCGACUUCCACCCCAUACUCUUCCGUAUACCAGGCCCCAGCUAGUGGAGGUCCCGCUGGGUCUGCGGGAUUGCCGCUACACUACAGCAGUGGCGGAGGUGGAGGUGCGAAUAGCAUCUUUCCCGAGGAUGAUGAGCCUUCAUUCUUUAAUACCGCGAAGGGGUGGAUGCAGACUGCGGGGUCUAAGUUGGUGGAGGUUGAGGCGGAGGUGUGGAAGCGUAUCAAUAAUGCGCAUGAAGAUGAUAAAUGA